AUGCCAUUGAGAAAUUGUUCCAUGUUGAUGGAGCAACGAGCCGACGCAUGGAGGCCCGGGCGCGGGUACACGCUCAUGCUUGUCUUGCUGCUGUGCAUGCCACUGCGUGUGAUGGCUGCGAUGCUCGACGUGCCGAUGGGCGACUUCCAGCGAGCGGCAGCCAUGACGACCGACGACGCGGACCUGCGUGAGACCGGCGACGACAUGCGCCUUGGCCACUUGGACUACGACGAGCUGUACGCCUCCGUGAAGGCGUUCGAAGCAGAGAACGCGCUACCCAAGCCUCGACCACAGAGCCAGAAGGUCGAGGUCUGGCUCGGCGGCGUGCUGUACAAAUCGCCAGCGAUCGUGCCCGAGUCGCCAUUUCGCGUCGCGGGCAGCCGUGGCCUCAGCAAGAUGGACUCGCGCGUGCACCUCGAGCCGACGCCGAUGGGUGCGAUUGAUAGCAGCAACACCAAGGACGAGCGGGACGUGACCUUUGGCGACGCGGUCGUCCGCCUCGCCCCAUCGUGGGUCGACUUUGGCGUCACGGCAACCGGCAUUCCGUCGAUGCGGACGCUCGAGAUUAGUUACUUUGGUGGCGCCGACGACUACGAAGACGACGAAGACGCGCUCGUCAUCACGAACGCCGAGGUGCCGGACAAGGCUUUUUUGUUUGCCGACGUCUUCUUCCCCAUGGUCAUCAAGCCCGGGGCCUCGACCUCCAUGCACAUGCUCUUCUUGCCCCGCGAGGCCGGCACGACCCGAGCAACUGUGAAUUUACACACGUCGCGGGGCGUCAUCGAGUAUACGGUGCAGGGAACUGGCCGCUUCAACGCUUACGAGAGCCACGUGCACGUUGCGAUCGUCCCGCCUGGCACGCGCUACGAGCCGUCGCUCCUGCUCUUCAACCCGCACGACGAGGUGCUCCGCGUCAACGAGGUGUUUACGACUGAGGGAUUCCUGCACCUGGUGCUGCCGCCGACCGACUCGGACAGCGCGGGGCAGUGGGAGAUCCCGCCCCAUGCGACCAAAGAGAUCAUGCGGCUCUCGUUCGCCUCGGGCGUUGCCGGCAACUUCAACGCCUUCGUGCGCAUCGAAACCAGCGUCGACAAUCUGCUGUUGCCCGUGGACCUCACGGUGCUGCCCGGCGGUCUCCACGCCGAUGUGCAUGGGUUGGACUUUGGCUACUUGACGUCCGACGACGAGCGUCAUCAUAUCGCGCUGGAUCUGUUCAACACGGCCGCCGUCCCCGUCCUUGUCCAAGGCGUGAGUCUCCGGGUUGCCGACCCGCACAUCUCGGUCAUCAUCCAAGGAUCCCACGUCAUUGCGCCCUACACGCGCGUCAAGAACGCCAUGAUCCUCACGUAUCAGUCGCCCCUUCCUGGCCUCGCCACCGGCGCGCUCACGCUGCACACCAACAUCUCGACAACGCCCGAGAUCUCGCUCUUGUACCAGGCGCGGCGACUCGACGGGGCGCUGACGUACACGGCGGUUGCCUCGUCGCCAUCCACACACGUCGUUACGCUUCGCAACCGCUUUGACGUGCCGCUGCGACUCGUCGAUGUCGACGUCGACGACGCAUCGGUGCGAGGCGCAUCGUGCUCCGUCGUACGAUGGCCGAAUGCGACGACGGUGGCUCCGGGCGGUCGGUGGGCCGACGUCGUUGUCACGUGCAACCGCCGUCACGUGUUGUAUGCGGACGAAGUGGCGUUGCGGGUGCAGACGAACGGCACCAAACACGUGGUCUCGGUCGCGUGGGCGCCGCCGAGUCUCGUCGUCGACACGGCCAAAGGUCUAGUAGAUGUGUCGUUGGACAAGCCAGCAAACCGGACGCUUUUGUGGGACCUCGGCAACAUUUCCGUCUCGACGCACCGGCAAGAGACGUUGAAUUUGACCAACCUCAACGCCGACGCGAUCGAUGUGACGCAGCUGCACGUGUUCACGGACACGAUUCGGUACUCGCUGGGCCGGCUACUGCCGUCGAUGGCGGUCGCGCCGUCGGUCGGUGACGCCGGAAACGACUGGAUGCGCCGGCAUCCCGCGUACGGCAGUCAGCCCCACGUCGACGCGAUGAGCGAACACAUGGCCAAGGUGCAGUUGAACAUGCCGGUCCGAGCGCAGCCGCUGCUGACGAUCGCACCGGGUUACGUGGCGUCGUUAGCGCUGCGCGUCCGCCCGGUGGCCGGCGGUCGCAUGGACGCGGUGGCUCUUUCGAUCACAACGCUGACCGAGACGAUUCAUAUUCAUGUAAGAUACACGGCAGUCGACGGGGCGAUAGCUCCGGCGCGCCCCAAAGUGCGGCUCCCGAUGCUGUACCCGGGCAAAGCCGAGGAGGUCUCGCUUUUGUAUAUUAGUACAUUUGCGCAUCCCGUGGCUGUGUCGGGCAUCCGGGUCUCGGACCGCCGCAUGCAAAUCGUCUCGGGCAGCUCGAUCUUGCAGCCGCACGCGACGACGGAGGUGGCCAAGCUCAUCGUGUCGCCCGCGUAUGCGCUCGCGUGCAGCAACCGCGACCGGUUCGCCGACUGCAUGGUGCCGCAGUCGAUCGGGUACAAGGCGCCGCCGCUGUCGACGUUUGGACAGCUCGUGACGCGGACCGACUUGGAGGCGUACCGCGAUCGCGUCCAGCGGUUCGUUCAGCUGCAGACGUCCGGCCAGACGAUCGUCGAGAUGAAAGUGCAGCUGGACACGGACCUCGUGCAUAUUGCGCCGAUGCUCGUGCGCAUGCCGAUGACGCGGCCCAAGCUCUCGGACGGCACGCUUGUCUUUGCCGUCACGCACGUUGGCAACGUCUCGAGCGCGUAUCUCGAGGUCGAGAACCCGUCCAACGUCACGAUCGACGUCGGGCUCGUCAUCGAGAAGGACGCUAGCAACGACGUCUUCUUUUGCGCCAGCCAUGCCGACGACGACAAGUGCGUCACGGCGUGGCACAAGCGUGACGCGUCGACCUUCAACUUUAUGCUGAGUCCCGACGCGAUGGAGAAGCACGUCCUGGCGCCGGGGGAGGUGCGCCAGCUCGGCCCCGUUCGAUUUGCGCCCGACCUCGUCAAGGAGUACGUCGGGCGCAUCUACUUGCGCAACUCGCUGAGCCACAUUGAGCCGAUUGUGAUCCGCGGUCUCGGAGGCCGGGGCAAGGCUGUGCUUGACGCUACGACCGUCGAUGGCAUCGAAACACUCCGCUUUCGGAAUGCAAAUGUCGGCGCUGUCGUCGUCUCCAACGCCGGCGAGCUGCCUCUCUCUGUUCUCAGUGUCUCGUGCCCCGACUGCAUCUGCGGCGACGGAACCACGGGCUUUUGCAUCGAGUCGUUGCCGAGCGUGCGCGUGCUGCACCCAUCGACAGCGCUGCAGUUGAACGUUACAUAUACGCCAAGCUGCUACUACACGCAAGAGCACGCUGUCGUGACCGUCAUGACGUCGUCGGGGCCGCUCGAGCUCCUGCUGCAAGGCAUGGUGACGGACGUAGCCGCCUGCCUCGCGCGCAGCGGCAGCGCCUGGUAUGUGCUUCUGGCCAAGUGCGCGAUCUGGCUCUGCUUUGCGCUCGUCGUCGGCCAGAUGCUCUACUACACGGGCGACGUCCUCGUGGCCGACACGAAGCAGUGCCCGAUGGACGACCGCUUCGGCUACGAGCGUUUGGACGUUGCGCCAGACGAAGACGCGACCGAUGGCAACUGUGAGACGUUGACGGACCUGCCCGACGUCUUGAUCGCCGACAUGGAGUCGAUCGAAGCUGAAGUGGACGCCAGUUGGGCCUUCACUGUCCUCCGACGUCCGGCGGUCAACAAGCUUCUCGAGAAACGCAAGACGCUGCGAGAGAGGGCGGCCGCUGGCGACGCCAAGCGCCUCGCACUCGUCUCGUCACUCAGCCCGACCAGCAUCGACUUCUACGACGCACCGAAACCACCGAGAAAGAAGAAGGCGGCCCAAAAGCUGCGCGUGGCCGAGCCGGCGACGACGCCGACACCCGUUGGCAGUAGCAACGCGACGGCAAAACCAACAGCUCAUGCGCCAGAAGCGGUGCCGACCGAGAACGCGGUGGAGAUCGUCCACCGAGUCGACAAACUCAUCGUGGUCGACAUUGGCGUCGCAUCUCCCGAUGCGGAAAUGUCUCUGGCAUCUCCGGUCGCAAAUUUGCCCACGAACGACAUUGCGACACCCGUGCCUCUGGAUGUACCGACGCUCUUGGAGCCCGAUGUUCCGAGCGAUGACGAAGCCCAAGAGCAAGCCCAAGCACUCGACAGACCUUCUCCCGUGGCCACCAAUGUGAGCAAGCUGGCGCCUGCCGAAGAGCCGCCGGGCGAUGUGCCACCGACUCAAGAUGCGGCCUUCGACGACGUUGGCGCAGAAGCAACGAGUGACGACGAGACGUCGACGGCUGUUGACGACGAUCUUUCCACGCGCACGAGCGAGGACGUGUCGGGUACGGACGACGACGCGAGUGCCAUAAGCGACGGUGAUGACUCGGAGCUCGUCGUUGUCGACUGCCCGGCGCCAGUGAUCGACGACAAGGAACAGGUCGACGACUACAUCUCCGAGAUCUUUGACCACGUGGCGCUGCCACCAGUGGCGCUACCACUGGUGGCUCCACCAGUGCUGACAGCGUCACGCGUGCGGGCGCCGCCGGGGUUUAGCGCCGCCGACGCCGAUCCGUCAUCCGUGUCGUUGACGUACUCGCAGCUGCAGGAGCAGCAGCGCAUGCUUGCUUCCCUCGAGACGGAGCUCGCGGAUGACGACAUGUGGGCGCUGGGCCCUCUCGACGACUCUACAAGCGCCUUCCAAGCCCCGCUCUCGCUCUUUGGAUCGUCGUACUUUACGGGCAAAGCGCCGGGCUUCAUUGGCUCGAAAGCGCCGACGUCGCGCCUGUCGUCGCACCGGUUCUUUGACGACGGCGCCGACCUCGCGAGUCUCGGCGGCACCAAGUUCCCGUUCGAGAGCUCGAAAGACGUCUUUCUCGGGUCGGAGGCGAUCGACGACAACGCCGACCGGCGUGCGUUUGGCUUUUGGUAA